AUGAGCAAGUUUAGCAUGUAUGAAGAGCCACGAGAGGAUGGCCUCUAUGAAGUUGUCUCUUCGGAUAGGUACUCUGUGUCCAGGCGCCUAACCACCGAUGUUAUCGACUCGCAGCUGGCCUCUGCAGCUCGAAAUAUAACCAGGCGUCUCCGCACGCUGGGAGUCAUGUACACCAUCAACUUUAUCAACCCAACAGAACGUAACUACUACGAUAUCGCGGAUGCAUUCAUUAAAGUCAUUGACAUGGCAGAGAGCAACGACGUCCGUAUUAGACAGGAUUUCAUUUCACUGAAAAAUAAGUACGAGGCUCUUUCUGCACAAGUAACUGCUCGGGAAAACGAAAACGCACAAUUGAAAGAAGAAAUCCGCACUCUACAAAAAACAUUGAGCACUGAACGUGAAGAGCACAAGACUGAGCUCCGGAACACUACCCGGGCCGUCAAGAAUGCAGAGUACAAGGCUGUAGCUGCGGAGAAGCUGCGCACGGUAGCCGAGAAAAAUAACUCCAAACUGAAGGACAUGCUUCAGAAUUCGCGAACCUUCUCUGUGACUAAGUCUUAUGGUGCUCCGCUAAACAAAUCUCAAAAUGCGAGCAAUCUUACCAGCAGCCGCAUGGAUAAGGGCAUGGGGAAAUCAACCCUUGGAAGGUCCAUGAGUGCAGGAGCUAGCUCUUCAGGAUACGCGAACUCGAAGGGCCCUGCACGUCCACGGAACACGGUACUCUCACCCAGGCAUUCCUUCUCAGAGAGAAUGCAGGAUACCUAUAGAGAGUACGAGCGCUCAUACAACGAUGGACCCGGCAGUACUAGGUUUAGUUGUUAUGACGAGUCUUUGCGGCCGAUGGAUGAUAGGCUGCGUUCAAAUGAAAGUUUUGCUCCCUACGACCCUGUCAGCAUGAUCCAGGAAUCUCAGCCGUACAGCGAGAGUUUACGCCCCUACCAGAGCCUCAAGCCACCCAAAUGUCCGUCUCUCCGCGAAAGCGAUGUCCCAUCAGACUAUGCCUUGUCGAGCGUACAGUCCACAUCACGGAGCAAAGUACGGAACCAGGACGGUCAUUGGUCGGCUGCCCAAAGCCCAGGAAGUGUUCGCUAUCAGCAGCUGUACGAUGAAAGCUACGUACCUGAAGACACUAGAGGAAGCUUCUCACACUCUGAUCUGGGCGGAGUGAGAACCGUGGAGCAUCGGCCACGUGAUUCGGCAUCUAGUGUUUCAUUUUCACAGAGCCCACAAGAGCCUGCUCUAAUGUCUGUCGGAGACCUUAUCAAAAGGUAUCACUCUGGUGUCUCUGGAGCGAGCCAGACACCUGAGUCUACGAGACGAUCGCGCUCCAACUCCAUAGACUACACCAUACCGAAAGAAACAGCCGACCAUAUUGCUGAUUUAGAGCUAAGUGCGAAGAAGGAGAAACUGGAGAAGAUGCAGAGCCAGAUAGCAGAGGCCGUCAAUAUCCUCAAUCGAGCAGGAAUAACCGUGGACGUUAACAGAAGAGACUUGCGGGCUCCCCAGUAUAGCUAG